AUGAGGCUGAUCCAUGACUUAAGUGGCCUCAGCGGUCAGGUCAAGUCAAGUCGGAGAGGGUCUUCCGGGGUGGAUCGUGACGCUGGGGAUGGGGAAAUCGUUACCCUGCAAAACCAUGCAUAUCAGCUGUGUGAUGAGAUAAGAUGCGAUACGAUAUGCGAUUUCCGCACUUCAUUGCGGAAAUACGAGCAAUCUCAAGGGGGACUUUUCUCUUACUCCAAGCGGAGAGUUUACUCCUACGAGUCCAGCGUCCAAUCAGGCGUUGAUAAAAAAAAAAAGCCCGGAGCCAUCUCCGAGUAUUGCAACGCAUUGCUGCAGUCAUACUUGGCUUUGCAGGGAAAAAAAGCCACCGAUGCCUCAGUGGCAUGGAUUUUACAGAAGAGUCGAAAUUCAUACUGUGCUGUGCUGCUGGUGUGCACAAAGUGA